UAUACAUUUUAUUACACUAUUAAUUUUAAUUACAUAAAGAAAUAAUUUUUUAUUCCAUACUCGAUUUUGACCUAACCUGCUAUCUUGGGUAGUGUAGUUCGAUAAUUUCAAAAUUUAAUCUUUUUUGAGCCGAGAAAAGAUAAGAUAAUGACAAAUACUGAUCAAAUAUUGAAAUUGUACUUUGUUACAUGGAAUGUAGCUGCAAAAUAUCCAGAACAGGAUCUUAGUCAAUUAUUAGGAUUAAAUCAUUUUACUACAUCUAAUCAAUUACCAGAUAUCUACAUUAUUGGUCUUCAGGAGGUUAAGUCCCAGCCUCAAAAUAUUGUAUUAGAUAUUUUUUUUGAGGAUCCAUGGACAAAAUCAUUUAGAGAAAUUUUGAAGGAAUUUGAUUAUAUAAAAUUGAAAACACAACGAUUACAGGGUCUUGUGCUAAAUAUAUUUUGUCUGAGAAAACAUUUAACUUAUAUAAGAUCCAUUGCUACUCAAUAUACUAAAACUGGAUUUGGUGGGAUGUGGGGAAAUAAAGGUGCUAUCAGUAUAAGAUUUAAUCUUCACGGUGUUAAUAUAUGUCUAAUAAAUGUUCAUUUGACACCUCAUGAUCAUCUAUUAACUGAUCGAAUUGCAGAUUAUAAUGCUAUCAUCAAAGAACAUUUAUAUAAUAUUCCUAAUACAACAAAUAUUUUUUUUCAUGAUUAUAUUUUUUGGUUUGGAGAUCUUAAUUUUAGAUUAGCAGAUGGCUUAACAGUAACAGAUAUUGAUGUACUUAUUAAAAAAAAUCGCUUAGAUAUAUUAUUAGAGAAGGAUCAAUUAAGGCGUGUAAUAGCUAAUAAUGAUGCUUUUACUGGAUUUUUUGAAGAAAAAAUUACAUUUCCACCAACUUAUAAGUAUGAAUUUGGUUCCCAAGAUUUUGAUUUUAAACGUAGACCGUCUUGGACUGAUAGAAUUUUGUACAAAGUAAAUCAAGAUACUUACAGUGAUAUAAAAUUAAAAGUUAUACAAAAUAAUUACAGAAGUCAUUGUAAUUAUGUACAAUCUGAUCAUAAGCCAGUUACUGCUGAUUUUGAAAUUAUAAUAAGACCUCCUCUUUUUGAAAAUGGCGUUGAAUUUAGUUCAAUAAGUAUUUGGUAUAUUGACGAAGAAAAUGCAGUUUCUUUCAAAUUUUUGGGAAAUGCAAAAUGUUGUAAUGGAGACUGGAUUGGAUUGUAUCAUGAAGGAUUUUCUAGUUUAGAUGAGUACAUUGUUUAUGAGUAUAUUAGACAAGGGAAGUUUGAAGCUGCAACAGAAUCUGAUCUAGAUUUGGAAACAAUUUAUUUUAGUGAUACUGCAAUUCGUUCACCUGGGAUGUAUCGUUUGGCGUACAUAGCCCAGCACGGUGAUAUUAUAGAAAUUUUGGGUAUGAGUGUGGCAUUUCCCGGAUAUCGACGACAAAGUUGAUAA